GUUCAUUCCCCACGCUCAAGACGGUCUCGUUAACGUCGCACGAGCGGCACAGCACAACAUGACGAAGCUGCUUCUCUUGUGUAUUUUCGUUCUCAGUUUGUCUCUUAAGCAGAGCGCAUCUUCCAAUUGGUGGAGCCCCUACAAAUGGCGUCAUUACUGGGAAGAUUGGUGGGAAAAACUCGAAGAAGUCGGUCAAAGCGAAGGUAUUCCGCUUGGGCAGCAAAAACCAGAACGCGUUCCGAACGCUGACGGGCCAAAUGUAUGUACAAAUAAAAUUCCGGUAGGAAUAUUUCGAAAAUGCAGAAAAAUACCCGGAAAACGCAGAUUGCAGUGCAGAACCGAGCAGCAUUUUUUGACAGAGUAUCGUUGUUGUCCCGGAUAUGCUAGAGUGAACAAAAGUUCCGGAUGUCCAAAAGAGCUUUACACGUCAGACAAGAACAUAGUUGAGGUGGCUGAAUCACUCAGUUUAAGUGAAUUUGCCAAUUUAAUGAAGAUAUCUGGUCUCAUGUAUGAGCUGCAGGGGACUGGUGAACGGUAUACAGCUUUUGUUCCCUCCAACCAAGCAUUCUCUUCACUAAAGCCAGAAACUCUACAAGAGUUGAAAAGUAACAAAGAGAUACUUCGCGAAACGCUGCUGUUGCACAUAGCUUCUGGUAAGAUUGUUACUGAGGUAAUGAAAGACAACCGAGAGAUAACUGCACUUGACGGCUCACGCUUGAGAAUCAAUGUGGCGGACGAAGGGCAGACAAUUAUUGUUCAAGGAGGAGAAAUCGUUGUGGCAAACGAGGGAGCAAGCAAUGGUAUCAUACACAUUAUUGACCGAGUUCUGAGUCCAGCAUCUGAUGACAUUGGAGAAAUUUUGAAAAGUAAUCCAAACUUCAGUAUAUUCUCACAGAUGAUCGAGAAUGCCGCGAUGAACUUCACCAACAUAACUUUGUUUGCACCGACUGAUAAAGCCUUUGAAGUGAUGGACCGCGAGAGACUGGAGACUCUUCUUUCCAAUGAAGAAUGUGUCGGGAAAUUCAUUAAGUACCACUUGCUACCUAAGCCAAUAUACUCAGCUGCACUGGACAACAAGCGAUACACCACUGCCGAAGGGCACUUCUUAGACGUUAGAAUAAAGGGAGAGAAGGAGAUCCUGGUUAAUGACGCUUCUGUGACAGAUGUGGACAUUAGUGGCAAUAAUGGCGUCAUACAUGUCAUUGGCAAAGUUCUCAUGCCCGUUUCUGCCAUGAACCUCUUGGAGGUAACUAAGGUGCUGAACCUUUCAACACUUGUGGAGUACCUCAAUUCCACCGGCUUCUCUGACACUCUGAGGGAAGACAAGGGACCGUUUACAUUAUUUGCUCCGACUAACAAAGCUUUCCAGGCCUUACCUGAAUCAACCAAGCAGGAAUUACGUGACGAUCCCGAGAAACUUAAACAGUUGCUUGCCUAUCACUUGGUUCCCGAGAGAAAGUGGACUUACGAAUUUGGUAAGGAUAACAUGGUGAAUACUGUCAGCGAGGGCAAGAAACUACGCCUGAAUUCAUUUAGAUAUGGAAAGGUGCAUUCUGUAGAUGGCGCAUGUGUGACUAAAGCUAACAUCGAGGCUUGCAACGGCGUUAUCCAUGUUAUUAAUAAAGUCCUGUUGCCGCCAAGUAAAACAAUUUACGAGCUUAUCAACUCCGACUCUCGCUUCGUUACUCUAGCGGAAGCCAUAAACACAACCGCGCUCGCACCAGUCCUCCAGAAUCCCGCCGCUUCGUUGACUCUCUUUGCACCAACCGAUUGGGCUUUUGCUAAACUGGAGCUGAAAUCUCCUGGAUCAAUGGAGACCCUUCUCGCUUUCCCUGAAGAGCUGACAGAAGUUCUUAAACAUCACGUGGUGAAUGGAACACUGUACACUUGCGGUAUUCACUGCAAAUUCAGCUACUGGUCGUUCUUUAGCAACCAAUUCUCUGUGUUUUCCAUGGCUCGUGGGGUGCUCAGGAUCCGAUAUGCCUGGAACGGACGAGUUUACGUAAAUAGCAUGCGCAUCAUUGACCUGGAUCUACCCGCCACAAACGGCGUUGUUCACGUGAUCGAUGACGUAUUAGAGCUGUAUCCACAUGAAUUCCGCAAAUGGAAGCGUGGGGUUCACAGUCACCGAGCGAGUCGCGGUAAAAAACAUCGACACCACUGA